GACCUGUACGGGUUCGGGGUGAUGCUGUGGGAGAUGGCGACGGGGAACCUGCCAUGGUCGGACAAGACCUACCACCAGAUGAUUCACCUCGUCGCCGUCCUCCACCAUCGGCCUCCCAUCCCCCCGACCCUCCCCAAGGACCUCGUGGGCGUGCUGGAGAGCUGCUGGCACCGUCAGCCGGAGAAGCGACCGCCGUUCCAUGACCUUCUC